GGUUAGUCCCGCCCAAUCUGCUCUUUCGCUUUUUGGAAGGGCUUCUGCUUUGGCAUUUAUCACGGGCUGUCUGCCUCACUUACAAAGCAGGGUGCCCCUAGCACACUGCCGGGCCCCAGGGGGAACCCACUUGGGGAAGUGAAGCAAAGCGAAUUGCGUGUGGCAGGAAGCAGCGCGCUUUCCCACGGCGCCACGGGAGCGCACGGAUAGACUGAUAGGCGCUGGGAAGAGGCGGUCGGCGCGCCGCGUCACCUUCCAAGCUCCGCCCGCCAGAAGCGCCUUCUAAGCUCGUUCUUCCGGUUGCCUUCUUCCUCUCUUCCUUUCUCCGCCAUCGUGGUGUGGGCAUUACUCCGUUUCUCGCCAUGUCUUCUCACAAGACUUUCAGGAUUAAGCGAUUCCUGGCCAAGAAACAAAAGCAAAAUCGUCCCAUUCCCCAGUGGAUUCGGAUGAAAACUGGUAAUAAAAUCAGGUACAACUCCAAAAGGAGACAUUGGAGAAGAACCAAACUUGGUCUGUAAGAAAUUACACAUGUGAUGGCACACAUAUUUAUGCUGUCUGUAGGUCACAGUCGUGUUACCAAAUCAAGCUGAAAAAUGUCACCGCCAUCUGGAGAAGUUUGAACAGUUUCCUUUCUGUAUCUGUUAUGAAGGCAUUAGUACAACGCACAGUGCUUCCAUUAUUCAUGUUAAAAAAAAAAAAAAACAAGGUUUUGGUUGCCUGGGUUCAGUAAUAAAUAUGUGAGACCUUUCACUUCUAUUGCUGUUG